AUGACCUCGAUCGAUGAAAUCAGCGUUCCAGCAUUGGUGGUGGAUCUAAAUAUCCUCAAGAAUAAUGCCAACAGGAUGCUAAGCAAUGUCAAGGCUCUUUCCGAUGAGUUCCAAGGAAAGAUCAAAUUUCGCGCACACGUUAAGACCCUAAAAUGCACCCAGGUCACUCGCUUGCAAAUGGGCGCAGGCAAUAGCAAAUGGGAAGGUCUCACUGGCAGGGUUGUGUGUUCAACCUUGGAGGAAAUCAGACAAUGCAGGGUUCUAGUGGAGGAGGGUCUAGUCACGGAUCUCAUAUACGGCGUACCCCCUGGGCCUUCGAAACGCCAAGAGUUGGAAGAUCUUCAAAAACAAUUCAAAUUGCUGGGUGGUGCACGACUGCACCUUUUGGUUGACAACCCUGACCAACUUUGGGAUGGCCGCGAUCCAGAGCUCAGUUCGUUCUUUGUCAAAAUUGAUGCAGAUGAUCACCGUGCAGGAACUACAACAACCCAGAAAGCGUUCGAGCAAUUGAUUUCUCAGCCUGGCUUGGCCGGAUUCUAUGCACAUGCAGGCAAUUCAUACUCUGCAAAGACGCCUGCUGAGGCUGAAGUUCACCUUCUCAGGGAGUUGAAAGCGGUACAGGAAGCAUCUAAAGCUACCCCGAACCCUCAGAACCUCAUUCUUUCCGUGGGAGCCACCCCCACAGCUCAUGUCACUGGCCCAUCUCUUUCUGAAGAGACCCGAAAACUCAUUGAUACCAUGCAGGGCGAGAUUGAGAUACAUGCCGGGAAUUUCGUUUGCCUGGACCUGCAGCAGGUGAGCACAUCCUUGGCCCCUAUUGAUCACAUUGCUUCAACAAUUUUGUCAGAGGUCGUGUCGUACUAUCCCGAGAGAAACGAAUACCUGAUUUCAUCGGGCGUACUGGCUCUAGCACGCGAACCUGCGGGUUCUAAAUUUCCGGGCAUCGCUCAUAUCAAGGGUAAUGACGAGUGGUACGUGUCGCGAGUAAGCCAGGAACACGGUAUUCUUUCGCCUCUGAAGGAGGGGGCACGCAACAGCUUCCGAAUUGGAGACAAAAUCGAGUUGUAUCCUCAACAUGCCUGCAUUACUAGCUCACUUUUCAAUAAGUACUACGUGGUCCAGGAUAAUCUUGUUGUGGAUGAGUGGAUUCCUUGGAGAGGCUGGUAG